AUGGCGAGCGUCGUACCAUGGCUAAUGACCAUGUCGUUGCUGGGCUUCCAGGAGUUUGCCGAGCCCGCGGAUUCGAGCCCCAGAGUUCCCCAGGACACGGAGGUACCGGCAAUGCUGCCGCAACUUCCCUCCAUGGAUUUCGUCAUGCCAUCGACGACGUCGUUCGACGACCCGGCCUUUGGACAGGAAGAACCACCGGCGGCGCACAACUGCGACUUUCCUCGCAACCACAAUCACGACAACGCAAUCAAACAGCAACAACAGCAGAGCACAACGGACAAGCCGCACGGAUUUUUGAUAGAUCCGAACUUUGUGACGAUGCAGAUCAACAACAACAAGGUGAACGCCAAGCAGCCGGAUGGCAAAAAGAAGAACGAGCGCAACGUCGAUGCCUUCCAAACGGUCGCCAGCUCGAACGCCAUACUACCCGGGAGCAAAACCAGCGCCAAUCUUCUCAGUAAUCACAACGCCAACGGCAACAAUCAUCUGUUGCACCACCAGCCCAACAGGAUCAAUCAGAGCGAUAGGUUUUUCAAGGAUGAGUUUGCCGGCCCGGCUCUGCAAGUGAAGAAAGCUUGGAAAACCAUGGACUUUGAAUUCGAGAACCAGGAGCACAAAAACAGUCUGCUGUACAGCGGCACCUUCAUACCCGAGAACAAUCUUCCUCUCGGCUUGGAGGUGUGGAAAGACAAAGUAUUCAUCAGCUUGCCGAGGUGGAAAAAAGGCAUUCCCGUCACGCUCGCCACGAUAUCCACCAAGACGGCCAGCAAGAGCCCGAAGCUCAGGCCUUAUCCCAACUGGAGGUGGCACCACUUGGGAAACUGCCAGCUGCUGACCUCGGUCUUCCGCAUGCAAAUAGACGAGUGCGACAGGCUGUGGGUGCUGGAUAGCGGAAAAAUCGACGUCACGAGCGAUCCCAAGCAAAUCUGCCCGCCAAAGAUCUUUAUCUUCGACCUGAACACGGACGAGCUCAUCCGCUCGUACUCGCUGCCUCCGGACCAAGUGAAAGACGACUCGCUCUACUCCAACAUCGUCGUCGACGUGAGGAACGAUCAGUGCGACCGAGCGGUGGCCUACGCCUCAGACGUAUGGCGCUUCGGGCUCGUCGUUUACGACUUCUUCAACAACGAUUCCUUCCGCAUCCAGCACCAUUACUUCUUUCCCGACCCGCUGUCCUCGCGGUACAAUCUCCACGGUCUCGAUUUUUACUGGACCGACGGGCUCUUUGGGAUAUCGCUAACUCCGGUCGACAUCCACGACGAGAAGACCAUGUUCUUUCACCCGAUGUCGAGUUUCCGCGAGUUCGCGGUCCCGCUGUCGGCCCUGAGGGACAAGAAAACGGCCGAACUAAGCGCGGAAAAAUUCGUACCGGUUGGCAAACCCAGAGCCAAGGACUACGGGCAUUCGUCGGCCUCGACAAUCGAUCGGAAUGGCGUUAUGUUCUUCAAUAUGGUAACUCGUGACUCGGUGUGGUGUUGGGACUCGCGAAAGGAGUAUUUGCCGAGGAACCUCGGAGUGAUAGGCACGAGCAACGUCUCGCUCGUCUUUCCCAACGACAUCAGAAUGGACCACGAGGAGGACCAAAACGUGUGGGUUCUGUCCAACAAGCUGCCCAUGUACCUUUACGGCGGUUUGAACAAAAACGAGGUCAACUUCCGGAUUCUCAAGGCCAACGCCAGGGAUGCGAUUAAAUCGUCCGUCUGCGAUCCCACCUACAUAGUGCCAGAAACUACUGCACCGAUCUACGACGGCUCCUGCUGCUGA